AUGCCUUCCUACUUCUUCCACUUGAAGCUUGAGCUCUACCAAACACCUGCAGCGCCCAACAAGAGUCGCCAGCUUGACCUCACGACUGCAAGGACAGCACCAUACCUGCCUACACCGGACGCGAACAUCUUCAAGACGCGAUUGCCGGCUCACAAGACAUCAAAGUGGUCUUCAUACAGCUUUCCGAGGCGUCCGGACACACCUCAUACGAACUCCACCGGGUCUGAGGCUUCUGGUUCACCGCAUCAGAUACCGCCCAGUGAGUUCGCAGAAUCUCACGGCGAUGCGCUGCUGCUGCCUGAGCGGACGUUGAACAGGCACAGUGCCCCGAAGUCGCCGGCAGUGGGAACGACGAAGCCAAAGCCAUCAAACGAAGCGGCGGCGAGAGACUACCGGUACGACGCCGUGUGCAUCGAGAGCAUCGAUAUGGAGAACAGCAAGAGCCAGCAGGUGAAGGGCGGAACGAGCGGGCUUCACACCAAGGCAGCGUACAUCCCCUCGGAUCCGAAGACCACGGAGGUUGGCUGGGGUGUGGUGCAUUUGUAUCGCGACACCGAGGAGAGUGCAGUGCUUGAAGAUGAUGCUGGAGGUCGCAAGAGCUUGGAAAGGGCACGGCAGGACAGCAGCGAUCAUUUCGAUCCGGAUGAGUGCACCACGCUCUGCAUCCUGGCUGUGCCUUCAUGGAUGAUGCCGUCAGAUCUACUGGGCUUUGUGGGUGAUCAAGCGAGGGAGGACGUCAGCCACUUCCGCCUCAUACGGACUGGAAGGGCGAACAAGUACAUGGUGCUGAUGAAGUUCCGUUCGCCGAAGCGGGCAAAGGAGUGGCAGAAGGCGUACAACGGACGGCUGUUCAGCGCUGCAGAGCCCGAGAACUGCCAUGUCGUCUUCAUCAAGAGCGUGGAGUUCCUCUCGUCAGAGUCGGAUGAGGUCGAGCAGGAGGGCAAGAGCUUCCCGCAGAACAACCAGCACGAUCCUUUCACCCCAGCUCACCACGUCCCAUCAAGAGCCGAGAAGAGCCUGUCGAGCAAGCCGCUUGCUCCACCGCCACCGAACCUGCUCGAGCUUCCAACGUGUCCAGUAUGUCUGGAACGAAUGGACGAGACUAGUGGUCUCCUCACAAUCCUCUGCCAGCACGUCUUCCACUGCGCGUGUUUGGAAAAGUGGCGCUUUCCCGGCUCAGGAUGUCCGGUCUGCCGCUACACUCAGUCACCCUCAUACACAUUUCCUUAUCCGCGGCCCUCAUCAUACACCGGUGAAGAAGAUGAGCCAGAGCCCAUGUGCUCCGUUUGCGCUGAGAACUCCAAUGUCAAUCUGUGGAUCUGCCUCAUCUGUGGCAACAUUGGCUGCGGUCGCUACGACAGUGCACAUGCUUACGCCCACUAUGAAGAGACGUCCCACUGCUACGCGAUGGACAUCAGCACGCAGCAUGUCUGGGAUUAUGCCGGAGAUGGUUAUGUGCAUCGGCUGAUCCAGUCGAAGCCGGACUUUUCUUCACAAGCCAAGCAGCCAGGCUCCGCAAGUCUGAUCGAUGUUGGAGCGGGCAAGUCACGGCACGAGAACGAAGCAUACAGGACUGAAGGCGAAGACAUGGUGCCGCGGGAGAAGAUGGAGAGUAUGGCGAACGAAUAUACAUACCUGCUCACCUCCCAGCUCGAAGGGCAACGGCGGUACUUUGAGGAACAGGUCGAGCGUGCUGUCGAUAAAGCCACGCAAGCAUCCGUCAAAGCUGAAGCAGCCGCGUCCCAAGCGGCGAAGGCAUCCGCAGAUUUCGAAGCCAGCCAGACCGAGCUCUCCAUCGCCCAAACCACUAUGACACGACUAGAGAAAGCCCUCGAGAAAUGCGAAAAGUCCCGCACCAAAUUCGAACAACUCUCUCGCAGCCUCUCCAGCCAACUGCAGGAAGAAAAAACCAUCAACUCUGGCCUCCUCGAGCGGAUCAAAGCUGCGGACCAGAAGGCGGAAGCUGCAGGGAUGGAAGCGGAGAAGGCUAGGCAGGAGAAGAAGGAGCUGGAGGAUAUGAAUCAUGAUCUGACGAGUUUCAUCUCCGGGCAGGAGAAGGUGAAGGAGUUGCAGGCGCAGGGGGAGGAGGUGGAGGAAGGGGGGGUUGGGGUGGUGGAGAGGCCGAAGAGGGGGAAGGGGAAGGGGCGGAAGAAGUGA